ACACAGAAAACGUGGGAAUAUAUGAAAAUUCAAUGUAUGUGAUUGUGGAGGAAUUACUUAGAUUUAUGGAAUAAUAGAUGAUGCGACCAAGUAGUGGGAUAGUUUAUUGUCGAGUGAGUAAUAGCUUCUGUGUGGAGGAUCGUACAAAUGAUAGCGCUUUGAAAUUUACAAUCUGCUAUUUUUCCGGGGAGGUGCAAUUGACGAGUUAUCCGUAUCAGUGAGCGCAUCUACUAUCCCAGAGCUAGUACUAAAUUUGUCCUCAAUUCAGUGACGCUGGAUGAAGUGAUUGAAAUAGUGCAUUAAAUAUUUUUCAUAAAUAGCAAAUAUCGAAUGUGAUCGAAUGUGUUCGUAGCAUCUGCAAUUUUUUUUCAAGGACGAUUUCUAUAGUUGAAUUCCCUCGGUUACAACUAAACGCCCAAUUAAAAUGCAGCUGUCAUUAAAUUUUUUCAAAUUGAGCCUUUCCCACGGACGGCUAAAGAUAGCUUGUUUGUUAAUAUUAUCAUGCCUUACCGCGAGCUGUUGCGCUGAAAAAAUAUAUAUUAAUUUAUACGGCGACGAGCCCUUUGGUGUUAUCGAGAAUGUGAUAAAAACAAUAAUAGGUACCAUUAAAUUUAUGUAUGAUGCGCUACGAUUUCUUUUUUGGGAAUCAUCGGAGAUCACUCCAGAAAGCGGUGCUGAAUUCGAUUUUGUUGUCGUGGGUGCAGGCACUGCUGGUGCUGCAAUUGCAGCACGACUAAGUGAAAUAUCGAAUUUUCGUGUACUCCUCAUUGAGGCGGGACCCAGUGAGACAAUUUUUAUGGAUAUACCUGUGCAUGUGAAUGAUCUCCAGUUCAGAGAUGACAUUAACUGGAAAUAUCAAGCGGAACCCUCUGAUAAUUACUGCCGAGGAAUGACGGAUAAACGAUGCAACUUGCCUCGAGGUAAAGUCAUGGGUGGUAGUAGCGUGUUGAAUUAUUUGAUAGCAACGAGAGGACAUCCAGAUGAUUACAAUCGAUGGGAGGAUCUUGGCAAUGAAGGCUGGUCUUGGAAAGAUGUUCUGCCGUAUUUCAAAAAACUCGAGACUAUGGAAAUUCCACCGCUGAAAAAUGAUAAAGAGCAUCACAAUGAUGAUGGCCCUGUUCAUAUUAAUUACGCACAUUUUCAGACACCACUCGCCGAAGCUUUUCUCCAGGCAGGAAAUGAGCUUGGCUAUAAAACUAUUGAUUAUAAUAAUCCAGAUGAGCCUGUUGGAUUUUCUUAUCUUCAAACAACCUCCAAAGAUGGUAUGAGAUGUAGUAGUAACCGAGCUUACAUACAUCCAGCCAAAUCCAGGGAAAAUUUACUAGUGACAAAGAAUACACUAGUUUCAAAAGUUCUAAUUGAUGACAACAAUCGAGCAAUCGGUGUAGAGUACAUCAAAGGUGGCAAGACUUAUCAGAUUUAUGCCAAUAAAGAAAUAAUUUUGAGUGCAGGUGCUGUUGGAAGUCCACAAAUUCUGAUGCUAUCAGGCAUUGGUCCUGGUGAUCAUCUCAAAGAGAUGGGGAUAAAUCCGAGAGUUGAUCUUCCAGUGGGAGAAAAUUUGAUGGAUCACAUUGCAUAUGGUGGACUCAUCUUUCAUAUUAAUCAACCGGUAGGACUGCACAUCUAUGACAUCGUCAAUCCCAUUAAUCCUUACUUGAGUGAAUAUUUCCUUUAUCGAACAGGGCCAUUGACAUUACCAGGUGGUUGUGAAGCUCUGGCUUUCCUCGAUGUGGAUGAUCCGAAUAAUCACACAGCUUAUCCAAACAUCGAAUUGUUAUUCGCAUCAUCUUCAUUCGUUACUGUCAGCACUGCCCGUCAUAAUUUGGGAGUUGCUGAUGAUGUUUGGCAAGAAACAUAUGCAGCUGAUGAAGAUAGUUACACCUGGAUGGUAUUUCCCAUGUUACUCAGGCCCAAGAGCCGAGGAAAAAUUCUUCUCCGCACUCCCGAUAUUGAGAGUAAACCGAUAAUCAUACCGGAUUAUAUGGCGGAUAAAGAGGACGUCAGGAUUCUCAUCGAAGGCAUCAAAGCCACGCUGAGGAUUAGUGAAACCAAGGCCAUGCGCAGAUUUGGCAGUCAACUAUUUAAAUCUAAAUUCAAAGCGUGUCAGGGUAUUGAGGAAUUCACUGAUCAAUACUGGGAAUGUGCCAUUCGAACUAUAACCAUGAAUAUUUAUCAUUAUUCGGGAACAUGUAAAAUGGGCCCUAAGGGUGAUCUCACUGCAGUUGUCGAUUCAAGGCUGAGGGUACACGGCAUUCAAGGCCUCAGAGUGGCUGAUGCAUCGAUAAUGCCUGAAAUUAUGUCGGGUCAUACGAAUAUCCCUACCUACAUGAUAGCUGAAAAAUUAUCAGACAUGGUGAAACAGGAUUGGGGAUAUCCAGUGUAACCUGAAAUAUCAAUGAUAUCCUCGUCCACAUGUACCCACGAUUACUUCUUGUGAAGCGCUGAAGAAAUCAUGUCUUCCGACGUUGUAUUAUCGAUGAAAUUUCCUACUCACAAUUUUUUUUUAAUAAUUUAUGUACUUCAAAGGGAUACUGUCGUUGUCCUUGAAUUAAAAAAAAAACAGGACACGCCGAAAAUGUAAAGAAAUAAAAUAUUUUACACUUUA